AUGGGUGAGCUAGAAAUAGGUAGAGGCUUGAAUCAAGAGCUUGGUCUUGUUAGAGGCGGUGAUACUCGUUGGGGAUCUCACUACAAGUCAUUUAGGAAUUUUAUAUUUUUGUUUGACUCGAUUGUUGAUGUACGUGAUAUUGAUCAAAGGUUCUCCAAUUUAGGUGGACUUGGUGAACUUUCAAAAAAAUUAGUUGAGACAAAGAAGAAUAUUACUUAUCCUCUUGUAUUCUGCUUAGUGAAACUUGUUUUGCUUCUGCCAGUUGCCACUGCAACUGUUGAAAGGGCUCUUUCUGCAAUAAAAUUUAUCAAGAAUGACUUGCGGAAUCGAAUGGAUGAUGAAUUUUUGGACGGUUGCAUAGUGCCUUAUGUAGAAAAAAAAAGUAUUUCGUACUAUUUCUAA